GAGACCAGAGCCAGGGAUUGAGAGGAGGAGUCAGGGAGAGGCUUAGAAACCAGAGCUGUGUGAUGAAACACAAGAACCAGUGGGACUGAAAGGUGCAGCAGCUCCACUAAGCCUCUGUCCUGACCCCUCGGCAACACCGGCUGGUAGUCCCCUCACAGGGGACCUAUAGAAGGAAGGAGCAGCUGAUAGUUUUGUGACACAACUUCACCUUGGAAGCGUGGGCUGGGGUGUUCGAAGGAGAACACGUCAGCAAAAGCAGAAGGGCUUCCGUUGGCUCAGCAAACCAUCCUGCUCCAGGCCGCUUCCUGCAGAGGAAUUCAGGGGCACACUACAGGUCCCUCUGCCAGUUGCCAAUGUUCCAGCUGACCGCCACCCCGGCAAGUGCCCUUGCAGAUGAGCCAGUGCAUAUCCGAGUGACAGGCCUGUCCCCGUUGCAGAUAGUGACCCUCACGGCAUCCCUGAAGGAUGAGAAAGGGUACGUGUACCACUCUAAAGCCUUCUACAAGGCGAACGAGGUUGGCGAACUGGACCUAAUGGAGGCUCCUUCAAUUGGAGGCGACUAUGUGGGGGUCCACCCGAUGGGUCUCUUCUGGUCUCUGAAGCCCGAGAAGGUUUUCCGGAGGCUGAUUAAGCAGGAUGUGAUGAACAGCCCCUUUUAUGUCACUCUGAACCUAUAUGACUCAGUUUAUUUGCAAGUUUCCACCACAGAUCAGCCUAGGGCCAGCCAGACAGUACAGCGCUGGUUCUCAGGCCCUGGCAUACAGCGGGUGCAGAUCCGAGAAGGUCGUGUGCGAGGAGCCCUUUUUCUCCCUCCAGGAGAAGGUCCUUUCCCAGGAAUCGUGGAUUUGUUUGGGGGCAGAGGGGGUCUGGUUGAAUUUCGGGCCAGUCUUUUGGCUACCCAUGGCUUUGCGGUGUUGGCAUUAGCAUAUUUUCUCUAUGAAGAUCUGCCUAAAACACUGGAGGAGAUCGACCUGGAAUAUUUUGAGGAAGCUGCUAACUGGCUAUUAGUUCAUCCCAAGAUCCAAAAGCCAGGAAUCGGAGUGAUCUCCGUGAGCAAAGGUGUAGAGAUCGCGCUGGCCAUGGCCUGCUUCAUGAAGCAGGUGGUAGCCACCAUCUGCAUCAAUGGGCCCAACGCCAUCUAUGAAUUUCCGCUCAGGUACAAAGAUCUGGUUAUAACACCCAUCCCCUCGUUUAUGGAGCGCGUGCAGAUUGACGUUUUAGGAGCUAUGCGCUUCCGCCACUACAAGGGGGACGCCCGGGAUGAACUGAAUCGGAAGAGCGUGCUUCCCAUCGAAAAGGCCCAGGGUGCGAUUCUUUUCAUUGUAGGAGACGGUGAUGAAUGCUUGAAUAGCAGGGAGUAUGCUGAGCAGGCCUUGGACCAGCUGAGGAGCCAUGGGAGAAACAAUGGAAGGAUGCUGGUAUACCCGGGGGCGGGCCACCUCAUAGAACCGCCCUACACACCCCUGUGUUAUGCUUCCCCACACAGGUUCGGUUCCGGGAUCCUGCUCUGGGGAGGGGACCCUGUUGCCCAUGCGGCAGCCCAGGAGCACUCCUGGGGAGAGAUCCAGAAAUUCUUCAGGGAACACCUUACUCAAACCAGAAGCAAACUCUGAGCAAGGAAGGGCUAAGGGUGGUGAUGUACUGGGGAGACAGACAAUGAAAGUAAGGCAGGAAUAUGACGGAAAGAGGGGGCUUUCCUGAUUUCUCUAGAUUCACAGUUAUUUUGGACCAACUGGAAGGAAAUUGGACAAAAUCAAAGGACAAGGGCACAGGUGCAUAUGAACUAUUUCGAACGAAUUUGUAUGUGAUUUGAAUUUUUGUAAAUCGAAUCUUAGUUUAUAUGUACCAGCAGGGUACAUCGCUGUCUCAAAAUUGUGAUACCCUUGCAAAUUGAAUAACCUUUGUACCCCAGUUAGGGAUACCUUGGAUCCAGGUAUUUGCCAAUCUAGGUGAAUUCCCUGGGACUUGGCAAGUGGUGGAAAACAUUUUCUGUUUAAAACUGGGUUUCUCGGGGUGCCUGGGUGGCUCAGUCGGUCGGGUGUCCGACUUCGGCGCAGGUCAUAAUCUCGGAGUCU